AUGAAUAAAUACAUUUUCCUCCUACUAGUAAUUACAAAAUUGAACACAUUCUCAUGUUACGUUAGGCGCGCAAAUAUUUUAUGUGGCAACAUCAUGAGGAAGGAUAAAGACAAGGUUAACAGCCAGAAUGGGGGCCCAUUUAAAUCCCCAGAGGUUGUCCGUGCUGUGCGCGUGGUAAGGGUGUACAAGGGGGAAAGACGCAAAGGGGAGUUAUUUUAUUUGAGAGCCCCGCAAUACGGUUCGCUUGGCAGAUCGCUUGACAAUGCUCUGUGCGAGGGGCCCCCUUCCGACUGCACCGCAUCCAGCGCACCACCCCCCUACACACGCCUGGAACUUGGGCGAAGGGAAACCCAGCUGUUCGCUAAGACAAAGAAAUACAUGGACAAUCUGAGGACGGUAAAAAAAGUAGACAACACAAUACUGGGGAGUGAUUUCCACGGAAAAGAGAACGAAAUAAUUGAUCAAGUCCCAGACAGAUUUCUGAACGCAUUCAAAUGGGCAUUACAAUAUCGAUUAAAAAAUUUUAACUGUAAAUUUAUGAGAUUAUCCAAGUUGGCCAAAAAAAAUAAUGAAGAAUUAAAAAGCUACGAGAAUUAUGCUAUAGGAUAUAAAGAAAACCUACUAGCCAUGUUACAGAAGGAUAAAAACUUUUUCCUGAACAUUGUAAAUAAGUUGAAAGCAAAGGAUUAUUUUAAUUUCGAUAUUUAUUCUAUCUUCAGAUUUCUUAACAUAGAUGUUCGUUUUUUUUUUUUUCCCGAGUGUCAUGAUCAGUCGGCUGUUUUUUUCCUCAUUUUCGGGAACCUAGAAAAGGCCAUUAACUAUUUUAUUCGAAACAAGGACACCGUUGAUUUUAUGCAGAUGGACAAGUACAAGAACAUGGGGGAUGACGGCGAGGUGCGCCUGAGCAUACGGCAAAGGAAGAAGUUGAGAAAGGAGGAACGGAAGCGCCAGAGGGAGGAGCGCCGGAAGGCCUAUAUUGCAAGGGCGGGGGCUUCCUCCGUGGGCGACGCGGACGGGGGUGUAACGACUUCUGAUGAAGCAGCUGUGAAUGAAGAAAGCAUGGAUGCGGGAACUGUGCAUGAAGAAAGCAUCGAUGAAGCAACCGCGAAUGAGGACAGUGCAGACGGCAAAACCUCCGAGGACGAAAUUGCUAGUGAAGAAGCCGAAGACAUAGCUACGCCUGACAUCUCCAUAAACAGCAUAAGCGAGGCUUCCCCCCUGGAGGACAAAUUCGACUACUUCCUAAAACACUACGAUGAUGUUGAAUUUUUUUUUAUGAACCACUUCAAGACGGCAGAAGAGUUAAAAUGCUUUUUCGAAAAAUGCCAUGAGAAAAAAAAUACAAUAAAAAAAGAAGAAAUAAAUUUUAACGCAAAGGGAGAGGAAAUAAUAACAACGAACCAAGUGCUGAAAAAGGGACUGAACUUAGAAAUGAUAAAAAAAAUUAUUAAAAUAUCUCCGAGGUUAUCUUUAGUAAAUAAAAAUACCAUCCUCAAAAGGAUAGCUCAUUACAAAAAUGAGUUAAAAUAUAACCACGAAGAAUUGGUACAUAUUUUGUAUAAUCUCCCACAAUUUUAUGCCUUUGGAAAUUUAAAAAAAAAAUAUAAAGAAUUGCUACACCUCCAUGAGACCAUAGAAGAGGAAGAUUUAAAAACAUUUAUUAAAAUCUACCCAAGGAUAUUCACCUACAAUGUGUACAGAACCAUCAGACCAAAACUGUUAUACCUAAUUAGACAUAUGAAUAAAUCCUUUCGAGAUACUCUGUCCUUUCCACAAUAUUUUAGUUACAGCUUCCGCUUAAGAAUAAUCCCCAGGCAUGUAGCCUACAUGAAUUUAUACUAUGAUAAUUAUAUCAGUUACUACAAGGAGUUGGUGAGGAUACACAAUUAUAAUGACUUUAAUAAAAAGUUUAACGAAUUGGUUUAUAAACCCAACAUCCCACCGAUAAAUUUGAAAAUGCUUCUGCAAACGUCCAACAAAGAUUUUAUGAAGCAUUAUAAAAUUAGUUAUGACGAUUUUGUCAAGUCCACACAACUAGCUAAAGAUAUUCACAAUCCAUUCAUACUGGUGUGA